GGGCGCUCCCCGCCGCCGGAACGGAGUCCUCUCGGGAGCAGAGCAGGCUCGCGUGCUUGCAUCCCGCUCUGGUCCCGGCUCCCGGCCCGGCCCGGCCCCGCGUCAGACCCAGCCGCCGCCGCCGCCGGAGCCGGAGCCGCACUCGGGGAGCCGGGCCCAGCCAGGGCCGCGGGAGGCGGGGGCGCCCGGGCCCUGGAUGUCCCGCAGCGCGGCGGCCAGCGGCGGACCCAGGAGGCCUGAGCAGCAUCUGCCCCCAGCCCCCUGUGGGGCCCCGGGGCCCCCUGAGACCUUCAGGACGGAGCCAGACGGGGCUGGCACCAUGAACAAGCUACGGCAGAGUCUGCGGCGGCGGAAACCAGCCUAUGUCCCGGAGGCUUCACGUCCGCACCAGUGGCAGGCGGAUGAGGAUGCAGUGCGCAAGGGCACCUGCAGCUUCCCAGUCAGGUACCUAGGCCACGUGGAGGUGGAGGAAUCCAGGGGGAUGCACGUGUGUGAAGAUGCCGUGAAGAAGCUGAAGGCGAUGGGCCGCAAGUCCGUGAAGUCAGUGCUGUGGGUGUCAGCUGAUGGGCUCCGCGUGGUAGAUGACAAGACCAAGGACCUGUUGGUCGAUCAGACCAUUGAAAAAGUCUCCUUCUGUGCUCCUGAUCGCAACCUGGACAAAGCCUUCUCUUACAUCUGCCGGGACGGGACCACCCGCCGCUGGAUCUGCCACUGUUUCCUGGCCCUCAAGGAUUCUGGCGAGAGACUGAGCCACGCCGUGGGCUGCGCGUUUGCUGCCUGCCUGGAGCGGAAGCAGAGGCGGGAGAAGGAAUGCGGAGUCACAGCCGCCUUCGAUGCCAGCCGCACCAGCUUCGCCCGGGAGGGCUCCUUCCGUGGGCGGCCCGCGGAGCGAGAGGCCCCAGACAAAAAGAAAGAGGCAGCGGCGGCUCCCACCGCGGCUCCCGGGCCCGCCCAGCCCGGGCACGUGUCCCCGACCCCCGCCACCACGUCGCCCGGCGAGAAGGGGGAGGCGGGCACCCCGGUGGCCGCGGGCACCUCGGCAGCUGCCAUCCCGCGGCGCCACGCCCCCCUGGAGCAGCUGGUCCGCCAGGGCUCCUUCCGCGGCUUCCCGGCGCUCAGCCAGAAGAACUCCCCCUUCAAGCGGCAGCUGAGCCUGCGGCUGAACGAGCUGCCGUCCACGCUGCAGCGCCGCACCGACUUCCAGGUGAAGGGCACAGUGCCUGAGAUGGAGCUUCCCGGGGCCAGUGACAGCGAUGGCAUCAAUGCCCUGUGCACUCAGAUCAGUUCGUCCUUCGCCAGUGGUGGGGCACCUGCUUCUGGCCCGCCUCCUGCCUCGGCAGGGGCUUCGGCCUGGUGCGAGUCCACGGGAGCCCCCGCAGCCUUCCAACCCGGGCACCGGCGGACGCCCUCGGAGGCCGAGCGGUGGCUGGAGGAGGUGUCCCAGGUGGCCAAAGCGCAACAGCAGCAGCAGCAGCAGCAGCAGGUGUCGGCCCUGCCCGCCGUGACCCCCGCGCCCCCAGCCCUGCAGCCCUUCCCGGCCACGGGGCCCUUCGACACCACCCCCGCCCAGGUGGCCGUGUUCCUGCCGCCCGCGCCCAUGCAGCCGCCCUUCGUGCCCGCCUACCCGGGUCUGGGCUACCCCCCGAUGCCCCGGGUGCCCGUGGUGGGCAUCACGCCCUCGCAGAUGGUGGCCAACGCCUUCUGCUCGGCCGCCCAGCUCCAGCCACAGCCAGCUGCCUUGCUGGGGAAAGCGGGGGCCUUCCCGCCCGCGCCCCGCCCGCGGCCCAAUGGGGCUCCCUGGCCCCCCGAACCCGCCCCCGCAUCCGCCCCCGAGCUCGACCCCUUCGAGGCCCAGUGGGCCGCGCUGGAGGGUAAGCCCAGCGCCGAGAAACCUUCCAACCCCUUCUCCGGCGACCUGCAGAAAACCUUCGAGAUCGAACUGUAGCCCGAGCCGAGGGGACUCCACACCCACCCACCCAUCCUGCUCCCUGGGACUGCACCCCUCCCUCCACACCCGCUCCCGACCACCCCCACCCCCCCUCACAACCACUAUGGGAACCAGAACCGACGAGGCAGUGUCCAGGUUGCGACAGGAUGGAAUUCAGGGACUGACCCAGCCUGGCUGAGGGACCUAUUUCACUGCCGGAUGUAGACUGGCAAUGCCCCCCACUUCACCCCACUACAUCUAUCCUCCGUUCAAGCUACACCUUCCAGUUUCUGUUGUCCAUCCACCUUCCAGUGUUGGGCGAGGUGGAGGAGGGAUGCCCACUUAGGCCGGCCCCUGGGCCCCACUUGAGUGUUCACCCCGAGUCUGGUGUCCCCCCACACCACCCCCAUAUUCAGCACAAGCAAAGGGCUUCCCUCUGCCCACCCGCUGCAUUCACUGCCAAUGCUGUGCCCGCCCGCCCCCUGGGCCCCAUCUCCCUUGUGCCACAGGCUCAUGGGGCCAGGGGCCAGGCUGGGGCCGGGAGGAGGCUAGGGGGCCCGGGAAGGAGUUGCUCAGUUACCUCACAUGGGUGCCCGUUAGGGAGGGGGGUCCGGGCAGAGGUGGGAGAGGGGUUCCUGGCGGGUACUUUUCUAUCUUUUAUUUCCAGAUUUUUUUGUAUCUAAACUUGCAGAUUUGUAUUAUACAGGACAGCCAAUAAAGGAAGAAUAUAACGGUG